UACCAAAAGCUCUAAUUAUUCAAUUAGUUUAUUGGUUCCUAUUAGUGUUGGGACCAUAACUACACAUACGUGUUAUAUUCUCAAGAUGAUUCAAUUGGCACUAGUGGACAUUAUAUUUAGAGAUUAAAGGAUAAAGGUUGUCUAAACUCUGAAGUGUACAGUUUCGCUUAUUUAAGCCAUCAUUAACUGGGACUAACUAGUAGCCAUCAUCCAAAAAAAACCCUAGAUAAACAAACUGAACAGGAAAAAAAAACUGCCCAUUGAUCUCCUGAUUAAUUUGCAUUCUCAGCCGUCAUUGAAAAUAACAAUUCAUGGCAAUGCUGAAGAAAGAGUUGUCGGCGGCCGAGUCAAGCACCGGCGGCAACACCAUGGAGCCGACGAUAAUCUCUCGUCCACUAGCAAACUUCUCUCCCUCUGUGUGGGGUUCCAGAUUUGCUUCGCUUGCUUCAUCUCCCACGGAAAUGGAAUUCUACCGGCGGCAGGUGGAGCAGGCGAAGGCGAAGGUGGAGAAGUUGCUGGCGGCGGCUUCGGCAGCCGACGGCGGUACGUUUCGAAACGUGGAGCUCAUCAACUUGCUGGAGCGGCUCGGUGUGUCGUACCAUUUUCAAGCUCAGAUCGAAAACCAGCUGAGCCUGAUAUUUGAAAAUUCUCUCUCCGAUGUUACGGAGAGAGAUGGAGAUCUCUACUUCGUUUCGCUGGCGUUUCGAGUGCUACGCCAGCAUGGAUACAGAGUUCCUUGUGAUGUGUUUGACAAAUUCAAGGACGUAAAGACAGGAGAGUUCAAGCAAUGUCUGAAGGGCGACGUGAGAGGGAUUCUCAGCCUGUACGAGGCCUCCCACUUGAGGCUUCAUGGAGACAACAUUCUAGAGGAAGCCCUAGCCUUCUCAAGGUCCACUUUGCAGCUGGAAGAUAACUCGGCCACCAGUGUUAUAAAGCCUCAUUUGGCAGCACACAUAGAAAAUGCACUGAUUUGCCCCUUCCACAAGAGCGCUCGAAGGAUAGAUUCAUGGAGAUUCAUCUCUUUCUACGCCGAGGAAGAAUCGAGAGACGAAACCCUUCUCAAAUUCGCCAAGCUCGACUUCAACUUCGUGCAGCUGAUGCACCAAAACGAGCUGGCCUUCGUUUCCAGGUGGUGGAGGGACACUGGUCUUCAGGAGAGGCUUUUCUAUGCAAGAGACAGAAUCGUGGAGCUGUAUUUUUGGGCGACGGGAUCUCAUUACGAGCCACACAAGGUGGUGUCGAGGAUUGCAGCCACCAAAUUUGCCAAAAUGGUGUCGUUGGUCGACGACACUUUCGAUGCCUACGGUACCCCUGAGGAGCUCCAACUCUUUGCUGACGCUUUUGAGAGGUGUGACGACGAGAGUGCGGUUGAGCAGCUUUCGGAUGACAUGCGACUCCUUUUUAGGGCAUUCCUCAAACUUUGUGAUGAUAUGGAACAAGACAUAGAGAAAGAGGGGAGAAGCUACGGAGCACACCACGCCAAGGAUGCUUUCAAGGAAUUGGCGAGGGCAUAUGAUGUGGAAGCAAAAUGGCUGGCGAGUCGCUACACACCGACGGUGAAAGAGUUCAUAGCAAACGGCAUACCUUCAAGCUCAUACGGCGUGAUCUCAGCUGCAUACUUAAUUGGAAUGGGGGAAGCCAUGGGUGCCAAAGAAUACGAGUGGCUGAAAACCAACCCAACAAUCGAUACAGCAGCAAAGCUCCUCGGGCGGCUUCUCAAUGACAUCAUGAGUCACGAGGAUGAGCAGAAGAGAGGGCACUGUCCAUCCGCGGUGGAAUGUUACAAGAAGGAGAACGGGGUGUCCGACGAAGAGGCCGUGGAGGCGAUCAAGAAGAUGUGCGAUGAUGCCUGGAAGGACUUGAAUGAGGAGUGCAUGAAACCGACUCCAGUUGGAUUGCCUGUGAUUCAGCACUUUCUGGAUCUCGUUCGAAUCAUCACCUUCAUAUACAUUCGCAAUGACUCGUAUACGCACUCAGGGUCUCUGAAACAUCACAUCAAUUCCAUCUUACUCGAGUCGAUUCCUAUCUAGAAGAAGGAAGUUUGAAAGUCGUCAUCCAAAACUGUGUCGUGUUGGGGGUUUUUCUUUUACAUUCGGUCGAUCGCUUAAGUUUUUUUUUUUUCUAGUCAUUUCUGUGUUUAGUUAGCUGCUGCUGGGUUUGAUGAGCCAACUAGUAGUGGUAGCUUAUAUACAAAGAUGAGGGGUUAUUGCUGUGAGUUUGUUGCCAGAGUUUGCUGGCACAAAAAUCUUGUAUUUAUGUUUUGAUCUAUGGAAUGAAGUGUUAGUUUGCUCACGACUUAAGAUUUCAUUGUGGCACCGAAGUUUAUUUGUAAACUAUAGCCAUGGUAUACAUGGAGUUGGAGUGUUUCAAGCGUUGCAAAUUUGGACACUACAAGAAUGAGUGUCAUGGGUUGCACAACCAAUAGAUAUAUUACUAUAGCUUAGGUUCAAAUCAUGCAACAUCACAGUUACAUGCAUGCAUAUCUGUGUGGACCAAUCACAUCAAUUGUCUAAUGGAAGAAAAAAUGUAUAUUAUAAACUCGUCUUAUAAUUACAGUAGAAAAUUAUGAUUAUUUUUCUUGUUAGCCAAGCUUGAGCUCUUCAUGUUUUAGAAAAUAGAAAGCUCAAGUAGAUAAGGAAACUGAAAAUUUUAUGAGGAAUAUUAGAAUAUAAUUGAUAGGGGGCGAAGAAUUUAUGUGGAAUGAGUUCAAACAUGUAUGCGAAGGAAUUCGAUUAAGAGGCAGCUUACAAAUACUCUCAUCCCCUCAGCAAAAUGGCAUUGCUGAAAAAAAAAAGAACAUAACAUUCAUGAAUAUGAUGAGGUAUACUUGGAAGAUACCCAACUAGCUACCUCUUUUGUUUUGACUUAGAAGCUAUAGAGUAGAUUUAUCAUAAUCUAAAUAAAAGUCCAACCUUAGCUAAUGAUGGCAAAACAUUACAAGAACUUCGAAAAGGAAAUUCUCCGUCUGGUCAACUAUUAUUUCUAGCGGUCAACAAAAGUAUAAAAAUAAAAAUAACACAAAACUAUCAUACAACGGGAUAUAAUUAAAUGAAAUACUGAAUAAAAUAUAACACAAUUGAAAAUAGUUAGAAUAUUGUAGUAGUAUUAACCCAUUUCUAUAAGACCUGAAGUUAUCAAAAUUACUACUUCUGUAUUAAAACAAAUGCAUUGUCGUUUAUAGUAGGAAUCUUUGGUUGUCUCAUUGCUCAACUUCCUUGGUUUUUAAGUAAUAUAAUUAUUAAUUAGAGGGUUACUUAUCCGUGGUCUUAGUUUUUUUUUUUCGUUGAAUAUGGUCUUAGUUUUAUCCCCACAAAUAGUACUUAGUUUUCUAUGUUAUUAUUGGUAAAAUACAAAACUUUCUCGAUUCAACCAUUCAAUCCAAUCCACCCACCAAGUGGAUUUUUUUGUUUUUGUUUGUUUAUGUGAUAAUCCACCCACCCAGCAUGUGAAUCGUAUCUAUCCUCUAAAAAUUUCAUUAUAACUCGUCAGGCGGCUAAUGAUAUAUAUAGAUAUAUAGUUUCUUUACUAAUUAUGGUGCUUCCCUUCAGGAUAAUUGUCGUUAAUCUUAAUUUAUCCUAAAGUACUUUUGUUAUUAUUUAACAAAAUAAGUUUUAUAUACUAACCAACGCGUACGUAUUCGUCGAAUCUCGAUGAUAAUUACGUGAAAGCGUAUUGGGUUGUGUGUGCUAAUUACAGUAAUUAAUUAGCCAUGUGUACGUGUGUUUGUGGAAUCUCGAUAAUAAUUGGAGCGUGAAAGCGUAUUGGGCUGUGUACUAAAUGUCUAGCUAACAGGUGCUUAAUUACUAAUUAUGCCAUUGGCAAUGGUCAGUGAGAAAUUAACUGCGACCAAGAUGUCUGCUGAUGAAGUUUAUUGCUUUGAGGUCAGAUUAAGUUAAAAGUUAACUGCGACCAAGAUAUCUCUACGCAAAAAUCUGCAAUAUAAUUCACAAGUGUAUCAUAGAGUUUGAGAAUCUUUGCAGAUAUAGAAAACCCGACAAAACUUUUUCGUAAUUCAUAAAUAUUGCUUUCUCAAAUAAGAACAGUUUCAUCUUGGAAUUGAGUGUGUAUAUAUAGAUUCCUCAACAUGGAAUCCUGCAGAGCAGAGCAUGCAGUUUUACUAUUUGUAUAUUUUUAGUAACUCAAACCUAUUAAAAUAAACCAUUUCUCUCAAAAAAAAAAAAAAAAAAAACAGGAUUCCCCAAAAGGUUAAGCUACCCGUGUUAGAUACCUCGGAAUUCUAAAAACCAAACCCCAACCCUAAAAUUUUCAACCAAAAGUAAAUCUCCAAUGAUUUUGUGAUAUUGUGAAUUUUCUUGUUCGUCAUAUUGAAAGCGAAGAUUGAUGUCAUUUUAACACGAAUUUCCUUUUCAGAAUGGCCAUUAUAAUUUCAUAAAUAGUAACACGAUAUUUUAGAUGACGAAAAUCCAUUGCAGAAUGAGAAUUAUAACUUCAUAAAUAGUAACAGAAUCGCCUUCUGAUCAGAAUGGCGAUUAUAUACUUCAAUCAACACUAAGGAAAAAUAUGAUUUUUUUAGACGACGACAACCCAUCGCAGAAGUGUUGUAGACUUGUAGUACACUUCCGUUAUUAUUUAACGAAAUAAGUUUUAUAUACUAACAAUGCGUAUUCGUCGAAUCUCAAUGACAAUUACGUGAAUGUGCAUUGGGCUGUGUACUACUACUAAUUACAGUAAUUAAUCAGCUAUGUUUAUGUGUGUUUGACUGUUCGCGGAAUCUCGAUGAUAAUAUAGAAUUGGAGCGUGAAAGCGUCUUGGGCUGUGUACUAAUUGUCUAGCUAACAGGUGCUUAAUUGUAAUUAGGUCAUUAGCCAUUACUGAGAAAAUAACUGCGACCAAGAUAUCUACCGAUGAAUUUUAUUGCUUUGAGGUCAGAUCAAGUUAAAAGUUAACUGCGACCAAGAUAUCUACUGAAAAAUCCUGCAAUUCACAAGUGUAUCAUAGCAUAAGAAUCUUUGCAGAAUAUAGACAAACCGACAAAACUUGUUUUUGUCCUCGUAAAUAUUGCCUUCUCAAAUAAGGAAUUGAAUUUUUAUAUUUUAGUUAGUAGCAUUAGUGUAAUAUAAUGAUAUAACAUAGAAUCAUCAAAUUAUUGGAUGGCAUCACGAUAAUAAAACUAUAAACUGAAA